AUGUCUGUCCUCAGAGCAGCACAAGGCUGGGUGAAGGUCCACCCAUACCAGACCACAACCCACAUUCUGAAUGGACUGAUUGUCUUUUAUCCCAUGGUAGCAACAAUACCAACCCUCUUCAGCCUAGGUUUCAGGACCGAUGGUCCACAUUGGCCUGCCUCGACUUACAUGAGCCGGAACGGCCGCAUCGAGCCUGGAAGUCUGUUCGCGACACUUCAGAGUGCUGCCAUGGGUGGAGCCGGCUCGAUUGCUGUUGCUAAGACGGCGCAGACUGGCGCUGUGUUGUCUUCGAUCACCCUCGCCUAUCGGACAUACUUGAGAGGGAAGCGCUGA